GAGAGGCGUCCUGGAGGCGGGGCGGCGGCGCCACUUGCCUCAUCGCCUCAUCAUCAUCAGCAUCAUCAUCAGCAUCGCCGCGGCGGCUGCGGCCUGUCAACAAAUCCGCGGCCUCCACGUGACCCUCUGAAGGCGGCCGGGCCGAGCGAGGAGGGAGCCCCGCGCAAGCAAACAAAGCAGGCCGGGAGACGACGACGACGAAGAGGAAGAAGGGACGGAGAAAGAGGCGCCAUCCAUCGCAGACGGGCUUACCUUGACAACAACAAAGCAGCGGAAGGAAGCAAGCAAGGGCGAGCUGAGGAGCAGAAAGAUAAGACGUUGCUGAGGAAAAAAGAAGCAGGAGCUGAGGAGAAGCAGAAGGAAAACGAGAAGACGUUGUUGCUGCUGCUGCUUUUGGCUGACUGGCUUCUCAGGCUUCAGGCCUCUGCUUUCCCCCUUGUCUUCCUGACUGACUUCUCAGGCUUCGGGCCUUUACUUUGCCCUUCGUCUUCCUGACUGACUGACUUCUCAGGCAUCGGGACUCUGCUUUUCCCCUUCCUGACUGACUUGACUGGCUUCAGGCCUCGGCUUUUUCCCUUUCUGACUGGCUUCUCAGGCUUCGGACCUUGGCUUUCCUUGACAACAACAAAGCGAAGGAAGGAAGGAAGGAAGGAAGGAAGGGCGAGCUGAGGAGAAGCAGGAGGAGAAAGAGAAGCUGCUGCUUCCGACCGGCUGGCUUCUCAGGCUUCAGGCCUCUGCUUUUCCCCUUUCUGUCUGACUUGGCUGGCUGACUGGACUGUCUUCCCUCCUUCCCCGCCGCUAAAAUGGCCGAGGGUGGCCUGCAGCUGUGAGGGGAAGGCCCCGCUCCGCCGCCAUGAGCGCCUUCGCCCUGGAGGAGACUCUGGAGGCCGACUGGGUGGCGGUCCGCCCGCAGGCCUUCCAGGAGCGCGAGCGGCACAAGUUCGCCUUCAUUGUGGCCUGGAACGAGGUCGAGGGCCGCUUCGCCAUCACCUGCCACAACCGGACGGCGCAGCGGUCCCGGGAGCUCCGCCGCGGGGCCUCCUCGUCGGCCCGCAGGAGCACCCCGGCCUCCCCCGCGCGGGGCCAAGGCAGCCCCGGGGGUCGCGUAGCCGAGGCGCCGCGGGCGAGGAGCAUCCCUUCCCGGAGGCCUCCUCCCACUCCUCCGCCUCCUGAGUCUCCAGUAAGCGAGCUGGAGGUCCUGGAGCUCAGCCACGACGUCUCUCCUUUGCCACCCGGGGAAGAGUGCAGCUGGGCCGGGCUGUUCUCCUUCCAGGACCUGCGCGCCGUGCACCAGCAGCUGUGCUCGGUCUCGUCCGAGCUGGAGCCCUGCCUGCCCGCGCUGCCCGAGGAGCCCUCCGGGAUGUGGGCCGUGCUCUUCGGGGCGCCCGAGCUGAGCCAGCCCGAGAUGGACGCCCUCUGCGCCCAGCUGCAGGUCUACCUCGGCCACGGGCUCGACACCUGUGGGUGGAAGAUCCUCUCCCAGGUGCUCUUUGCCGAGACCGACGACCCCGAGGAAUACUAUGAGAGCCUGAGCGAGCUGCGGCAGAAGGGCUACGAAGAGGUGCUGGCCCGGGCCCGCAAGCGCAUCCAGGAGCUCCUUGAAAAGCACAAGAAUACAGAAAGCAUGGUAGAACUACUUGAACUAUAUCAAUUGGAAGAUGAAGCAUAUAGUAGUCUUGCUGAAGCCACCACAGAACUCUAUCAGUAUUUGCUGCAACCUUUCAGAGACAUGAGGGAGCUUGCCAUGCUCAGGAGACAGCAAAUAAAGAUUUCCAUAGAAAAUGAUUACUUAGGACCCAGAAGAAUUGAAAGUCUCCAAAAGGAAGAUGCGGACUGGCAGCGGAAAGCCCACAUGGCUGUACUUUCCAUUCAAGAUCUUACUGUGAAGUAUUUUGAAAUAACAGCAAAAGCACAAAAGGCUGUGUGUGAUCGAAUGCGAGCAGACCAGAAGAAGUUUGGUAAGGCUGCAUGGGCAGUGGCAGUGGAACGAAUGGAAAAACUUCAGUAUGCAGUUUCUAAGGAGACAUUGCAGUUGAUGAGAGCAAAAGAAAUUUGUUUGGAACAGAAGAAACAUGCAUUGAAAGAAGAGAUGCAGAGCUUACAAGGGGGCACAGAAGCCAUUGCCCAUUUGGACCAACUUGAAGCUGACUAUUAUGAUCUGCAACUUCAGUUGUAUGAAGUGCAGUUUGAAAUUUUGAAGUGUGAAGAAUUGCUGCUGACAGCACAGCUUGAAAGCAUUAAAAGACUUAUUUCAGAAAAAAGAGAUGAAGUAGUAUAUUAUGAUACUUACGAAAGUAUGGAAGCCAUGCUUGAAAAAGAAGAUAUGGCAGCAUCUAUACACUUGCAAAGAGAAGAGUUACAGAAAUUGCAACAGAAGGUCCGGCAACUAGAAGCAAGACGUGGGCGCAUUUCAGCCAAGAAGGCCUACCUCAGAAAUAAAAAGGAAAUCUGCAUUGCAAAAAACAGUGAAAAAUUCCUGCAGCACUUUCAGACUGAGGAAGAGUCGCAGCAUACUGCUAUGUUUAAGAGGGAGCGAUUGCAAGCUGAGGAAGAACGUAAAAGCUCAUGGGUUAGUCAGGAACGGCAGAAAACACUGGACAGACUUCGGACAUUUAAACAGCGCUACCCUGGACAGGUAAUACUCAAAUCAACCAGGCUUCGCCUGGCCCAUGCAAGAAAAAAAAGUACAGCUUGUUCAACUCCAUGUGCAGAUCAAUCCCUGUCUUCACCAGUAACUAUGCAGACUGAAAAUUUGGGGGAAGAGAAACUGAUCCAGCCUUUGCUAACCCAGGAGCCUAGGAGUUUAGGACAACUUGAAGAUACCUUUUUACCUCCCUGUGGUCUUACCUCGGAAUUUUCUCAAACGACUUCUCUUCCAAUGCCCGUCAGUAAUAAUAUUCAGCCUGAUACAGUCCAGGAGGCUCCCCUUCCUCCUCCGCUCCCGCCCCCACCUCCCCCACCUUUGCCCAUCAAGGAGGAAUCAACUCAGUGUGCCGACAAAAGCACAAGCCCCAUCAAACAGGACAGCAUGGAGAAGCCAUCACUACUGAACACUAUUGCACCGUCAGCUCAUUUCUUUGAUAGCAGCCAGUUGGUCAGUGCCAAGAAAAAACUGAAGAAGACUGGUGAUCUAGAAGGGAUGCAGAGGAGGAGAGUAAGUUCCCCAAUGGAUGAGGUAUUGGCCUCCUUGAAACGAGGUAGCUUCCAUUUGAGGAAAGUUGAACAGAGAAACCUCCCUCCUUUCCCGGAUGAAGAUGACAGCAACAACAUCUUGGCACAGAUACGAAAAGGUGUGAAGCUGAAGAAGGUGCAAAAGGACAUUAUGAGGGAGUCGUUCACAAUUUUGCCUGAUGAUGACCCUUUGACCCGCAGCAUCCACGAAGCUCUACGGAGAAUUAAAGAGGCAUCACCAGAGUCUGAAGAUGAGGAGGAGAAUCUGCCUUGCACAGACUGGGAAAAUUAAGAUCGAAGGAUUCCACACAACAGAUCUAAGGAUUCCACAGUGAUUAUCCUUUCACCACUGAACAUUCAAAGUCAACAGUUUGAUUACCAUCUUCAGCGCAAGGAAAAGCUUUCUCUGAUUGAGCAUUUUGAUAUUUCCAUUUAGAGCCGGGGUUACCUUUAAAAAUCAUGAUAGAAGUUUCUGGUUGGACCAAAACUCACCUUCUUUAGGUAGGCUUUUUGCUUAACUAUGAGGAGACUACACCUUUCCAGAUAUUUUCUGAUUCUUCACUCACUUUUUACAUUUGUGUGAAAUAACAAUUCAACAGGAAUGGCAGCAAAGCUUUGACCUAAUGUAAGUUACCAGGAAAUUAUGCCUUUGAUUCACUGAAGAUUUUGCCACUGAAAACUCAACAUGCAACUUUGACAUCCGCUAAUUUAUGCAACAACAGAAAUUCACCCAAAGCACUUCACUUCUUACCAUAUUUUCCAUACAGGAGAUGGUUUUCAGAGAGAAAACGUUGAUUAAUUAUUCAUAGUAGAAAAUACAAAUUAAUUUGAAAAUGAGAACAAAUUGCUGUACGAAGUAAUGGAAAGUACCCUAAGAAACACAUAAGAAUGUAUUUGUUUACAGCUGAGAACAUUUAAACCGGUAUAUAACAGAACCUUUUAGAAGGCCAUGUAUACUGUGUACAUCUUAUAUUUUUGAAUUAGAUUUCUCCGUGCUCUUAUUAAUAGUAACAUUUUAAUUGCAGGGCUGUGUUAUAAAAAAGUUACAUAAAUUUUUAUUUAUAGAAGCAAUAUUUUGUAAUGAGAAUACUUAAAAUUAUUUUGUCUAUUAGUUUAACUGUUCUUUGAUUGCUCUAAGAAAUCUUUAUUUAAGAAGGAUGAAAAACUGACAUAAAAUUUUGCUUUUAUGUUGAACAUUAAUUAUAUUUCAUUAUUCUUGUUCAUUGUUAGAUGUAUUUCAAUUACGUAACACCCUGCUUAUUGGAAAAUACGCUUCUUGUUAACUCUGGUUGUCCAAUGGUCUAAUGGAAGCAUUGCCUUCAGUGCAGUGAAUUAUCUAAAGCAACGUAAUCCCCAAACAGCAUGACUAAUAGCUGCAGGCAGCUCGUUUUAUAAUACCAAAAUACUGAACAGUAUUUCUACAUCCGGACGAAUGUUGCCGUUAUUAAAACUCCUGAUGAAAAACUACUUGUAGAAGAAUCUUGAGGUUUUUAAUGUAUACGUUGCUUGGGAAUCAAUUAUUCAUUAUGUAAGAAACCAAUCCAUUUUUCAACAAUUUGUCAUACUCAUUCCUUGUUAAGUGUAGCUUCCAUGAACUAUGUAUUUUCAAAGGAACAUGUAAACUCACUUAUCUUUCAGAACAAGAGGUUAAAUUUCUUGUUCUUUUCCCUUUUAAAAAUAGUUGAAGUACUGAGAAUACUGACAGAUACAUUGCAUACCUUAGUCCUCUUGAACCCUUGGGUCUGCAACAGAGACCACUUUAACCAAUAAUAGUAGCACUACCCAGUAUUUUUAUGGAUCACCUGUCAUGCUGCUGGCAGGUGUACUUUUUCACAUGCUUGCUUAUUGCCUUAUAUUGUCUGAAAUUUCUAAAGGAAAGCUUGAGAACAGCAUGCAUUCAGUUAAUAUAGGAGAACUUUUCUGCAGGGAGAAAAAAGUAUAUCAGUUGCAUCAUGCAUUGAACAUUAAUUUCCCAAAGAACAGAUGUCAUAGGUUUAUUUCCAACUUACUGCAUAUUAACCCAGAUUGCAUUAUAGUAUGUGAUUCUAAUCUCAUACAAUGCAGGGUUUGGUGGCAAUAAUUAAAUAGCUGCAAAUUUAUCUUUUAACCUUUUGCAUAAAAUGUAUUGUAUGUAGUCGGUGUGCCUUUGCCGUUUAGUCACCCUACACUCCCUACAUUUCCACUAUAUGAUAUACUGUGUUUGAACUCUCAGCCAUGGCACAAAACAUGGACUUCUAAAAGUUGAGAUGGCGUGUGGAUCAUGUAAAACUUUGCACAAUCAUAGCAGAAGCUUCAAGAAGCACGUGUCAGUGGCCAGGCCUUUUAAGAUAUUAACAAUAGGAGGAGACAAAAACUUGAUUUUUUUAUAUAAAAAAGAAGCAGUACUCCUUGCCUUUGCACUGUUUUGCAUCCACAAAUUUUGAAUUCGUGUGAGAAGUUUAUGAAGCUUUCAAGAUGAUUGUACUGUGUUCAGGCUUGAUAUAUCUGAGAUGUUUGCCUUGAAAACUGCAUGUUUUUUUUUAAAAUAACUGUUUGACAGUUGAAUUUGUGCAAGAACAUGAAACUGGCUUGGAUCUGUAAAAAUGGCUUAUUCAUAGGAACAUAUUUUUAUAUAUUGGCUGCUGUACAAUAGUUGAUUUCAUAUUCAGAGUUUUCGUUGCAGUUGUAUAUUCUUUCAUGAUCCAUUAGGAAGACGAGAUUAACCUGGCUCUCGGUUAACACUGAAGGUUUUACACAAAUCUGUCAGAUCUUAAGACCAUGUCUUUGUCUCCAUCUGCAACUUACUUACUAAAUUUGCAAGCUUUAGAAUAAUAGUAAUUCCUAUUUUUUUUAUUUCACACCAAUGCAUCUGAAAGCUCCCAGUAGGUUACAGUCUGUGAAUCUGCAUUUCCCAGAACAAGUUUGGAAAAUAUGUAAGCGGUUAAGAAGAAAACUUGGCUCAAUGUUUGAAUUGAUUGAAGUUCAAAUCUGCAGCUGAUAAAUGUGCAUGAAAAAUGCAUUUCAGUAUUUGUAUGGAACAGGUUAUCCUACAGUACUGUGAUCAUAUGUUAUAUUGGUUACUCACUGUUUGUAAUCACCUUCUGUUCCACAUUAUAGUCUGUAUCUCAAAUUGGUUGAAUAUAGUCUAGAUCUAGCUGGAUAUUCCUGGAGUUGGUUAUGGACUUUCUCAAGGAACAAUAAAUGCCAGGUAAUAAGUGGUGUAGUGUAAGAAUUGUGUAAUAUGGGGACCAAGGCACGGAGACGUCUAUUUCCAUGAAAAAAUGUUUAUUAUGUUGAAGGGGAACAGCAUUGUUUGUUGAAGUGGUUUCAUCUUCUGCUGAAUAAUCCCAUGAGUCUUUAAUUUUAGUUGCUUGGCUUAUUUGUAUAAGUAACUUCAAUAUUAUUUAACAUAGCUAGGUUUGCUUCUUAAUUCAACUGUUUAUUCAGAGCUAUUCAAAACAGCUUAUAUAAUUAAAAAGAGAGAGGUAACCACAAAAAUGUAACAGCAUGAAAAUCAUGUCUUGCAGGGCUAGAGGGAGUGAAUCACCUUAAAGAGCUUUGCUCUUGAGCUUUGUCUUACGUUGACACUUGCCUCGAGUCCCACUGAGUUUUUAAUACAGUCCUGUGAAAAGAAGAAACACACGAAUAGUCAGCUUUUUAUUGUUUAUUUGCACUGAUUUUAAAGAGUGAAUUGUAAAUUAAAGCUAUUUGGAUUUAUGAGCACAUUUUAUUCUUACUGUAAUGUGUUUGUAGUUCAGUUACCUGUGUUAGUCAUAAUGCUCUCAGAAGCAUGAAGCAAGAUAGAUCUAAUGUUGGUAACUUGUCAAGCAAAUAGGCUUACGGGAAAGACUUGCAAGGAGAGACAUUUUUUUGCAAAUGUUAGAAGCACCUUAUUGAGAGCUUGUGAGAUGUAUUCAAAUGCUGCUAAAGUCAGUUGACAAUAGCUUGGUAUCAGUAUUGACCCCUGUCCAGUAGAAAAUAGUUUUGGGAAAGCACAGCGACAGGAAAUAUCGGAAUUUAAUGUGUUGUCCUGUUUCCUUGACAACUUCAAAUAUGCAGGAGGCAGCUGGGUACUUUUUUUGCUGCUCUCACAAUUCCAUGGGUUGGGCUUUAUUAGUAAGUCUUCUUUAGUCAAAAAAUGCAUUAUUUUAUUAAUGUGUUAACGGGUAAAUGCCACACUAGAUUACUUUAUUUUAUGAAAACAUUGAAGUUAAAAAUUUGCAACAGAACUAGGUAUUUUGCUACAUAAAACCUUACCAAAUUAAUAUUUGGAGUAUGGUGGUCAUUACACCAAUAUUUUUUGGAAAGCUGUUUUCUAAUGUUCUGCGCAACCCUGUUUUAAAAAUAAUCCACAUGGAAACUCUUGGCUUUGAAUUUUAAGGUGGGCAACAUAUAAACAAACCCCCCUUUAUGCCUGGCACAUAAAGGCCUUAAUAGGUCUACAAAUUCUCCAAGUCCUGCAUUUCAGAAAUGUAUUUAUUCACUGCUUCCAGUGUUUGCAUUGUCUCUGAUGUUGAACAUGAUUGAGGGCCUGUUUCAGGAAAUACUUUGCCCUAGUUUUGUACCCAGGGUGAAAUGAGUGGACUACAGACUGAAAUGACCUCUCCCCAACAUGGAGAGCCUUCUCUGAGCUGAUUCUGUCUUGCCAAUCACAUACUGAAAUAAUUGUGAGAUUAGUACAAAACAUACCCAAGCUACAAAUAUAGUCAAUAGGGGCAAUUGUGUGGUUCUGGCUGGCAGUAGAUUUUACAGAAUUUCACUUAGGACAGUGUUGGUUGGGGUGUUCUGGGAGCUGUGGCAAACAAAAAUUAACUUUCCCAGAGGGAUCAUGUUCUCUGUCAAUUUAUGGUCAUUUUAAUACUGUAUUUCUUCCAUUCUAAGAGGAACUUUGCCUCCUUAAACAUCUCUAAAAAUGUAGUGUGCGUGAGGGUGCAUCUUAGAAUUGCAGGUGCUUUAUGUAUUUUUGUUGUUGGUGGUGGGUACUGAAAUUAGCGUAUGUCUUACAAUCUAUGGAGUCUUACAGUUGAAGAAACACAGUACUAUAGGAACAAGCUGGGCAAGGAUCAAACUUCCGUGCUCUCUUCUUGCAUUGUUUUAUCCCAGCCAGAAUGAACUGGUUAGUUUAAAAUAGGUUUGCUGGAAAAACCUAAAUUAAACUAUUGUUUAUGGUGCUUGCAUAUUUAUGAUGAGUUCAUAAUUUCUUGAUUGAACAUUUAUCUCUCAGAUGGACUAAGCUCUUGCCUUUCAUCAGGAAGAACUUCCUCACUGUGAGAGCUGUUAGACAGUGAAACUCUCUGCCCCGGGCUGUGGUGGAGGCUCCUUCUUUGGAGGCUUUUAAGCAGAGGCUGGAUGGCCAUAUGUCGCAGGUGCUUUGAAUGCGGUUUCCUGCUUCUUGGCAGGGGGUUGGACUGGAUGGCCCAUGAGGUCUCUUCCAACUCUACUAUUCUAUGAUUCUAUGAUUCACCGCUUUGUUCAGAGAAAGAGAUGGUUUAUUUUCUGAUAAGAUUUACAGCUCAGUACUCACAUUGGCCCAUGGAUAAAUCAGCCCAGGUUUUUGGAGUUGGGUUUUUUAACUAAAAUUUCUAGACUUAUACAUGAGUAUCUAGGGUAUUUCUCAGAAUGGCUUUUAAAAGAAAGACCAGGUUGCAUCAUGAUCUUGGAGGCAGCCUUUGCGUAGACUUGGAAGAGAGAUAUUCCUAUGAAUAUCCAUCAUCUGCUGUUUAUUUGUAAAUAUCCCUUGCCAUGUAGAUGCAAAAAAGAUCACAUUCACUUUUGCUCCUGCAACUUAGAGCAAGGAAGUCAAUCCUCACUGGCUCUUAGAAACAGUGAUUGGCUACCAUAUCCAACCAAAGUUUCUGAAUCCUUUUUUAGCAAGACUGACUUACAGUGAUGGAAGGCGUGAGGUAUGCAUUAGUCUGAUCUCAUCUUGGGUAUAACUGGAGGUGUAGCAUUGCCUGAAUGUAUCCUGUGUGAAUAACUUGGUGAUUUCAGAGAAUAUAUGCAGUACUGGGCUGAACUGCCAUGGGCCCUAGUGAACAAUUAGAUCUGUCCAUUUGGUGCCUCUGUUCUCUGAAUCUCCUAUAACUGUUUGGGACAGCUCACCCCAGAAAAUGGACAGAGUAAUACAGAACAUCUACACUGAAUGACCUUUUUGAGUCUAUAAGCUUGUGGUUUUUACAAAGUAAUCACCGCAAGAAUCUUCACUGAAGGCUUUAAAUGUUUGAGUGUUUCACUUUUAAAAUGGUAAUAAAAUGUGCAAUUUCAGGAUUUGUAAUUGAAGUUAUGUGUUUACUGGGGUUUACCACUUGCUUAUAAUGUCAUCUGCAUCCCAUGUGGUUUUAAUUGCUAUGGUCUGGUUCCCUGGUAUUUUUGAUUAUAAGGAAUGGUACAAAUUUAGAUGCAAGCUUUCUUUCCCAUCCCAUUCCACUAUUCCCUUUCAUUUUUGUCAAAGUGUACAUACAGUACGCAUCUUUCACUUUCAGUGCUGGUUCAGACUGAAGGGAAACACUGUCUUGUACUGUCCUGCUUGGGCUAUUCCACUUAAUGCAAGUAAGAAAUAAGUUCUUCCUACAAGUUGUAAACUCAAUGGGAUUAGGGAAGGCGCAAAUCUUGACACCUUUAUCUCAGACAUCAUAGCUUGUAGCUAGUUUUUAAAAAUAUGUAGAAGAGCAUAAAAAUGUGUCACCUGCUACAUGCAGUACAAAGUGGUACUAUUCAGUAAUGACUAUCACAUAUUAUGUCUAUGCACUUGAAGUAGGUAAAGCAAGAUAUGUGAUGUUGAGAGACAUAGUAGAUACCUAGUGUGUUGUUUUGUUUUUAAAAUGAACACAGACACAAGGCUUCCCAAAUAAGUUUAGGACUGCUCUAUAUGUUUGGUAAUCUUCUUCCAACCCAACUCAAUUUUCCUGAUUAAUAUUAUCUGAAACUUGACUUCCUUGCAGGAGAACCUAGAACUACCCAAUGUGGAAAGCAGCAGAUUCAAAAGAGAAAGUAUUACAAUGGGGAAAUGAUGUAUGUGGAAUGGGUUAAACAAGGUCAUUCUGCCUCACUGUCUGCUUUUGCCUUUUUAAAAAAGGCAGAAGAUCCACUGAAAGACCCCCCAGUAUCAUGUUUUUACAUUCAUGUUGCUACAGCCUACAUAACACUUACCCUAUUUUAUGAGCUGCCAAGAGUGGAGCUGUGUUAGUAUGAAUGCAGAAAACUACUGAUUAUGUUGCAUGGGUAAACCUUGUUAAAUAUAAAUGGAACGUUUCAUUUUGAAAGCUAAAAAUAUAUAUCAAAAACCUGAUUCACCAUUCACUUAGGUGCAAAGAGUAGAGUAUAAAGCAGCACACUGUGCUAUGUUUCUUUAACACAGUUGUAUUUAAUGGACAUUGUAAAUGGACAUUGCAUUUCUAAAAUACUCCUGCAACUUGCAAUACCUUUAUAAUGCUCAAUGUUCUUAAGUAUUCAGCAAGACGCAUAAACUAAAUGAGCAUUAGCAAUAUUUUGCAUUUUUACCUGUUUGCCUUUUUGCUCCUCCCUCUCUCUAGUGCAGUCUUUCUGGAAAUUUAUUGUAUUGCUUCAUACUUCAGAAUAUUUUUAAACUACCAUGACUUCAGAAUUCAAACCUGUACCCAAAGUCCUGAAUGACUUGUCUCUUGUACAUGCAGUGUAACAACAUACUUUAAACGUUUUUGGUGCUUAAAAUGUUCCUUUGUUUUCUUUAAUAAUAAAGGAUAUUUAUUUGAACAAA